UCCAGCUUUUUUACGCUCUGUUGAUGAAAAUUGAAUUUCAGCGAAAAGCUAGUGUCCAACAAGACAACAGCUAGUAUGCGGAAAAUUAAAAAAUUACAUUGCAAUAGGGGUACCAGACAGGCCGAGGAGCGUAUUCCCGUAUGGAAUCUUACAAAAGAGUACGCAAGGCGAAUGCAGCACUUCAUUGAGUGGUCUGGUAUACUACAAAGGAACCUGCCGACGAGGUCGCUAAUGCAAAAUAUCUCCCACAACAUUACUGAUAUGGUGGAACUGGUAACAUUUGAUAAUGGCUUUUUGAUCGCCUGCGCGAACAAAAAAGCAAACCCGAUGAAUAUCACAAAUGAAUAUCAGAGGCAGGAAUGCAUACGCUACAAGCGCAAGAAUCCCCUUCCGGACAUUAAGCUAUAUCCACGAUAUGGUACAUGUCUGUGCUACUUCUGCAAGUAUGCCAGAACUCCGAAUGACUUUAUUCGAAUGGAGAGCUUCGAUGGUCCCCAAAACGGACUUCUGCUCGUGCUGAAGGUUGAGGUUGCAACAUACCUACCUUUUAUCGUUGAAGCUGGUUUUCUUGUUGCCAUCCAUGAUCAAGGAGUUGAGGUAGACUUCACAAAGGACGGCGUCUUUAUACAGCCUCUAACAACCACCUUCAUUGGUGUGGGCAGGAGAGCGCUACGUCGGCUGGCGAAGCCCUAUCAAAAUCCGUGUCGAUUUGAUUGGCCAUUGUUCCUCAAGGACAAAGUUGAAAAAGGCAAUAAGUAUACCGCCUUAGAAUGCCGCAACGUAUGUCAUCAAUACAUGGUUCAAAUACGGCUCCGGUGUACGUCACUCAAGUACCCGAUGUUGCGAGUCGUAAACGAGUCGAGCGAAGGCGGAUAUUCCGAUCUUCGACUUGAAAUCUGUAGUCCUGACCGUGAGGCCGAGAUUGUGGAGAUUGAGAAAGGUAUCAGAAACAGGAGUAUAGACUGUGAGUGCAACAAUGUCUGUAAUGAGACCGGAUUCGACAAAACCAUCUCCUCUCUAUCGUGGCAUCCGAAAAUACAGAUCGAUUCUCUCAGUAAAUCAAAAGACACGUCAAUGGCGCAGGUGUACGUGUAUAUGAAAUCGAACCUAAUUAAUAAUCGCACCAAGGUAGGAAAGAUAAACUCGCAUGAAUUUAUUUCCGGCAUCGGCAGUAUUAUGGGUAUGUACCUCGGGUACUCGUUCCUGUUCUGUUGGAGUAUCCUGGACGUUAUUGGCCGGGUUGUGGUCGACGCGUACUGCGCCUAUUGCAAGGACAAAAGGCUUCAACAAAGCAAAGUGUUCGAUCUCUCCACGGAGCACCCGAACUGAAUUACGAAGAAUCAAGCACUGCCAAACUAGAUUCAGGACCGGAACAAUAGUGCAACAAGCUUCCUGUUAAAAAGGCAAAUUUCGUUGAUGAACGUUAUCAAGCAGUUGAAGAAAGUGAUGUCAGUGAUGCCACACGAUAUAUAGGGAUCUCAAAAAACAUUCGAUCAUUCCAUUGUUUCAGACGAAUUCGCCUGAACGAUAAACGGCAGUUUUAAUUUAAAAUGAAGCACCUAUUUUUCAAGCAAACAAUAAUUGCCUUCUAGAAUUCCAUAGACACUUUAAUUGGAAAAAAUAUUAAUUUUUUAAUAAAGGUCCUUUAGGGUAGCCAAAAGUACCCUUAAGAGGUUUAUUUCUGUAUUCAGUGUAAUAUA